GCUUGUUAAAUGCAACCCUGUUCUGCGGCCAGCCAACAAAACAUUCAUAUAAAUAAUAAUAAAGCGCAACCCACGGCCCCGAGGCGUCGCCAAACAACGUCAACACAAUGGGUUUUCCGCGCAUUCUCAGCAAGAAUAAUAAAAUCUAUACGAAACUGGGUGAGUUUUGUCUAUCCGGCGACAGUUUCUGGAUUGUCUGCCAUACAUGCCAGGAAGAGCUGCAAACGCAGGACGCAUUCUGGAAGCACAUACAAGAUGAGCACAAUUUCCUGCACGGCCUUGCCAAGGAGCAUGGCCGCAACUCCAGCUAUUGCCUGACGGACGUGGACGCUGCGGCGGCCGCAGCGAGCGCCACAGCGAACCAGGCGGCGGUGCCCGUGCCGCUGGCCCUCUACCAUUGUGCCAAGUACAGCGAGGAGGAGCAGCGCGAGGUCGCCGCCGCUGUUGAGCUGCACGAGGCGCAGCAGCAGCAGCAACAACAGCAACAGCAGCAGCAACAACAGCAGCAACAACAACAGCAGCAACAACAGCAGCAGCAGCAGCUGCAGCUACACCAGCAACAGCAGCGCGACUCGGUCAAGGAUCUCGCCGAGCUGCAUGCGGUGGCAGCCGCUGCCGAGAGCAGCGCACGCAGCAGCAAUAGCGGCAGCGGCAGCGGCAGCGGCAGCGGCAGUGGCAGCGGCAUUGACAUCAAAGUAGAGCCCACCAGCCUGACGCUGACGCCCGAAAUGCAGGUGGCAGCUGCUGCCGCCGCCGCUGCCGCAGCGGUGACAACAAACACAACCAUCUAUCACCUGUCGCAGGUGGUGCCGGCGCCGCCGCCCCCGCCGCCGCCAACGCCCUGUUUUGUGACAACGCCAACGGCUGGUGUCAGCACAACGCCGCCGCAUGCCGCACUGGCCGGCCCAGUCGGAGCGGCUGGCAACAGCAAUGUAACGGCUAUGCAGCAGACGUGCAGCACGCUGGGGAUGCCGCUAAUUGGUGUUGCCGCCGGGCAGGAGCUGGCGCCAAAGGACUCCAAUAGCACAACGGCCAGCGCCAGCAGCGCCGUCUCCUCGGACGAUGGCGAGCGCUGGUAUAUCUGCGAUUAUGGCACCUGUGGACUGAAAUUUAAAUAUAAGUCACGCAUGGAGCUGCAUCGGGUGGUGCACAGCAAGGAGCGGCGUUUCAACUGUGAUAUGUGCAGCGCCUCCUUCAAGCAGUCCUGCAAUCUGUCCACGCAUCGCAAGAAGAAGCACUCGAUGCGGGGCAUCAAGAGCGAGCUCUUGCCGCAGCGCUUCUAAAGGCGGCGCCAGGAUUCACCCCAGCGCAGCCCAGGACCAAGUGCAAACGUUUUCGUUGUAAGCCCAAACCCCAACUGAAUCCUAAUCCCAAUCCACUUUAAGCCAUUUUCUAUAUAUAUACAUAUAUAUAGAGUUUCUUUUUGUUUUUUAAGUCUUUGCACGUUUUUCAGCAAUUUUGUUUUAAUUUGUUUUUACAUUUCUUUUAUUAUUAUUAUUAUUAUUAUUAUUAUUUUUUUUUUAUUUUGAAACGUUAUAAAUAUUCGAUUUAAGUUUAUGCUAUAUACGUAUAGAUAUAUUUGAAUAUAUAUAUGUAUGUAUUUUAUAGUCUUAGUACGCCCCUCUCUCCCCCCUCCCAUUUUAGUGUUAAGCAGCGUACAAGUUUAAGUGAGGUUAUGUUAACCUCCAAGUUGGUGUACUUAAGCCGAUUUUCGACUGUGCAAAAACACACAAACACACACACACACAAACACAAACACAGACAGGCACACACAUGCAAAGGCGUGUCUGUGUAUGUUUACAUAUAUGUUAUGUUCUAGCUGUAAAUGCAGAUUUUUAUGUAGUCGUUAAGCAUUGACUUUUUCGGGCAGAAAGUUACCGUUAAUUUAAGUCACACAUGUGUAUUUUGUAAGCAGCCCAACGGAAAGAGUCGAGGAGGAGUUCAAGAAAACAAUGAAACAAAAUAGUAUAGAUAACAGUUACCAAGACCGUUAAGUCAGUUGUUAGCACUUACAUAACAGUUACAUUUUAACAUGGAUAUGUCAAAUCCCAGCAACAAUGCGAUCAAUCCGACAAAAAAAAAAAACAAACAAACAUAAACAACCGCAACAACAACAACAAAAUACAUACCUUAAUGAUUGUUCCGCCAAA